AUGCAGCAAAUCGAAGAGGAGCAAAGAACCCAGGAAAAGUUGAUGAAGGAAGUACAGGAGUACGCCAAAGCAUUGCGUGAGAAGGCGGUACAGCAGGAAAUUGAGAGCAGAAGCAAAGCCAUGCAGGAGAAGAUGGAACGGGAGUUAGAUUUCAUCAGAAGGAAGUAUAAUCUUCUGCAGAACGAGCUGAAUGAAGGUGAGAAUGGUAGCGUGAAAAGUUAUCGAAGCGAACGAAGUGCAUCUAGCACAGUCCAUAAGUGGUUGGAAGCCCAGCGCGAGGCGCUCUUGACAAGUUCCGGGAACAAAAAUGCCCCAACUUCCUCAAGGUCUCGAACCGGAGCCAUCCCAAAAGGGACUACUGCAACGAAGCCAGUGGACGACAACGUUGUUAGCUAUCAGCUUCUUCACCCUUCAUCCGUACCGCAGAUCAUUUCAACAUUGCAGAUGCUGUAUGGUCGGCCUGAGCUGGUGGUGAAUAGUCUGGUUAACAAGGUUCGUUCUACACCUCCCCCAAAAGCGGAUCGUUUAGAAAGUGUAACUACCUUUGGUUUGGCGGUUCAAAAUUUAUGCGGCCACUUACGUGCAAUGGGCAUGGAGAACCAUUUGUCCAACCCUACUCUGCUGCAAGAGUUGGUUGGAAAGCUCCCAGCAGGAAUUAAGCUGGAUUGGGCACUUUAUCAACGACAAAUUCCUUACGCAGACCUGCGCGCUUUCAGUGACUACAUGUCUACAAUUGCGUCAGCUGCUAGCAACGCAACGUUCAGCACCGAGGUCAUCCAGAAACAGGAGAAGUCGAAGAGCAAAGAAAAGGGCUACGUCAACGCACAUGCGGAAGACAUCCGAAAGAACGCAGAUCAGGAGAAUCGGAAGUCGGGUGAGAUUAGCAAGGAGAAACAGCCGUAUCAACCCAAACCGUGCUCCGUGUGUCAAAAGCUUGGUCAUAAUAUUAGAGACUGCAAUGUCUUCAAGAGUCGCAACAUCGAAGAACGGUGGAAGCUGGUCCAACAGUUACAUCUCUGCAGACGAUGCUUGAUUUCCCAUGGAAAGUGGCCGUGCAAGGCGUCAGGGUGCGGUAUACAAGGGUGCGAGCUUCGACACCAUACUUUGCUACACCCAGGGCAACCUGAGGGCACAUCUGGAACAUCUGCACCUGCAACCGGAAAUGUGAAUGUCCAUCGACAAAAGCCACGGUCUACUCUUUUCCGCAUCCUACCCGUGACUUUAUACGGCAAGGAUUCAUCAGUUGAAGUAUUAGCCUUUCUAGAUGACGGGUCGUCGCUCACUUUGAUAGAGAAGGAAGUUGCGGACCAGCUCGGUAUGGAAGGGGAACUGGAGCCACUUUGUCUACAAUGGACAGGAAACGUAACGAGAAUGGAGUCGGAGUCAAGGGUCAUCCAACUCGGCAUAUCUGGGACGGAUAGUAGCAAGCGUCAUACUCUCGAGUGCGUACGUACGGUUGAUCGUUUGGAUCUUCCUCCGCAGUCUUUGCAAUUCAAUCAACUGGUUCAACAGUUUCCUUACCUUCGGGGUCUUCCGGUGAAAAGUUAUAACGGAGCCACCCCUCGCAUCCUUAUUGGUUUGGAGAACACGGAGCUACUAGUAACGUUGAAGAAACGAGCAGGUAGACCUUCUGAACCAGUCGCAACGGAAACUAAACUUGGUUGGACAGUAUACGGAACGGUGGAAGGCCUGAACGAACCAUUUGAACACCGUCUUCUGCACAUCUGUUCUGGUUCCAAUGAUCGGAAACUACACGACGUUGUCAAGGAGUUUUUCUCGAUCGAAAACACUGGUGUAGUGGCUGCGCCAGCGGUAGAAGCAGAAGAUGUCCGGCGGGCACGGGAGAUCAUGCAACGGACCACGGUUCGUACAGCUUCCGGAAGGUUUGAGACGGGCUUGCUGUGGCGCUAUGAUUAUAUCGAAUUUCCGAACAGUAGACCGAUGGCAGAGCGGCGUCUUAAGUGCCUAGUGCGAAGACUAGAGAAAACACCUGAACUCUACGAAAACGUCAGACAGCAGAUUGCUUCUUACGAGUCCAAAGGAUACGCUCAUCGAGCAUCGGCGGAAGAGUUGGCCAAAUUUGACCCUCGAAGAACUUGGUAUCUUCCCCUCGGAGUGGUUAUUAAUCCAAACAAGCCGGGAAAAAUUCGAGUGGUGUGGGAUGCUGCGGCGAAGGUGGAUGGAGUCUCGUAUAACUUUAUGCUUCUGAAGGGACCGGACCUGCUCGCGUCUCUUCCUGCGGUUCUACAGCGUUUUCGUCAACGGCAGAUAGCAGUAACGGGUGAUAUCAGAGAAAUGUUUCACCAGCUCCUGAUUCGCUCCGAAGAUCGUCAAAGUCAGCUUUUCCUGUGGUACGACAAUCCGUCUUGCGAAAUCCACGUCUAUGUCAUGGACGUUGCGACGUUUGGGUCGACAUGCUCACCGUGCUCUUCCCAAUACGUCAAGAAUCUGAAUGCAGAAGAAUGGAGGUGCGAGUUCCCGGAAGCUGUAGAUGCGAUUGUACAUAACCACUACGUGGACGAUUACCUCGACAGCAGGGAUUCUGUGGAGGAAGCGACGAGUAUUGCAACAGCAGUAAAAGAAGUCCAUGCGAAAGCCGGAUUUGAAAUCCGUAAUUGGCUAUCGAACUCGGAUGAGGUUGUGCGACGGGUCGGGGACGGCAGCGUUGCAGAUCUUGCCAAGAGCUUUGCAGUAGACAAAAACAAUGGUACGGAAAGAGUUCUGGGAAUGUUGUGGAAGCCUUCCAGUGACGUUUUCACGUUUUCCAUACGCUUCCGUGAUGGGAUAUCCCAGAUAUUGAACGACAGGGUUGUUCCAACGAAGCGCGAAGUCUUGAGGGUUGUAAUGAGUCUUUUUGAUCCUCUUGGCUUAGUGGCCGCUUUCGUAGUACACGGAAAGUGUAUCAUCCAGGACAUCUGGAGGUCCAAUGUGAGCUGGGACGAGCAAAUUCCGGAAGAGAUCUUCAACCGAUGGCGUCGCUGGGUGGAAGUACUGAAAGAGCUGGAUCAAGUCACUAUCCCUCGCUGCUACUUCCCAAACUAUUCACCGAACAGCUUGGACACACUUGAAUUGCAUGUGUUUGUUGAUGCAAGUGAGGAAGCGUACGCCUGCGUUGCUUACUUUCGCAUCAUCGAUCGUGGUCAGGUCCGCUGUGCACUUGUAUCUGCAAAAUCGAAGGUCGCUCCACUAAAACCACUGUCAAUUCCGCGGUUGGAACUGCAGGCAGCGGUCAUAGGAAGCAGAUUGGUGAAGUCAAUUGAGGAAAACCACACGCUGCCGAUUCGUCGUAGAGUAAUCUGGAGCGAUUCAAGCACGGUGUUAUCGUGGAUACAGUCGGACCAGCGCAAAUACCGUCAGUUUGUGGCGGUCAGAAUCAGCGAAAUCCUAGAUGUGACCAAUAUAGAGGAAUGGCGUUGGGUGCCAACGCGCCUUAACGUAGCGGAUGAAGCAACGAAGUGGGUGAAAGAACCCAGCUUCCAUGCGGAUUGUAGGUGGUUUGUCGGACCUGAGUUUUUGUACCAGGAGGAGUCGGCGUGGCCAAAAAGGAUUCUGCCAACGAAGGACACUGCUGAGGAGAUACGCCCGAUACAUGCCCAUCAUCGGAAAAUUCCUGAACCUCUGAUAAACUACAGCAGGUAUUCCAAGUGGGAAAGAUUAUUGAGAGCCACAGCAUUCCUUCUGCGGUGUGUGAAUAACUGCAGAAGCAAAAUCAACGGAGAUCCUGUCGAACUCAACCCCAUUUUGUCUCAACGGGAGCUGCAGAAUGCCGAGGAGUUUCUUUGGCGUGCCGUGCAGAUGGAGGCAUAUCCUGAUGAAGCCAUCGUGCUCGGAAGACAGCAGCAACAAUCGAGUGCAGCAAGGUUGGAAAAAACAAGCCCGCUUCACAAAUUAUCACCCUUCGUCGAUGAGACGGGAGUAAUUAGACAGGAAGGGCGAAUUGGUGCUGCCAACUACGCUUCCUAUGACGCUAGGUUCCCAAUAGUGCUUCCACGAAACCAUUACGUGACUGGACUCGUUUUGGAUUGGUGUCACCGUAAAUAUGCACACUGCAACGUGGAGACUAUUGUUAAUGAGGUUCGCCAAAAAUUCCACAUUUCUAACUUGCGCACGGCAGUGCGCAAACAGAUACGAAAGUGCAACUGGUGUAUCGUCUACAAGGCUACCCCACGGGCUCCGAGAAUGGCGCCCCUUCCAGAGUCCAGGAUGUCUUCGUACGUACGUCCUUUCUCCUUUACCGGAGUGGACUAUUGCGGACCUUUCUACAUCCGGAUCGGUCGUAGUAGUGUGAAGAGAUGGGUAGCGCUCUUUGUGUGCCAAACCGUGAGAGCCAUCCAUUUAGAGGUCGCAAGCAGUCUGUCAACUGAAUCCUGCAAAAUGGCUGUGCGACGGUUCAUCGCAAGAAGAGGUGCUCCGCAGCAGAUCUUCAGUGAUCAAGGAACCAAUUUUCAUGGCGCUAGGAAGGAGUUGAAACAGGAGAUUGCAGGCAUCAACCAGAAACUGGCUGACACCUUUACCAACUGCAACACUCAGUGGAUUUUGAAUCCACCAGCUGCCCAACACAUGGGUGGCUCGUGGGAACGACUGGUCCGUUCGGUCAAAAUAGGUUUAAACACGCUCUCUACCAGCAGGAAUCCGGACGAGGAGACCUUUGGAACCGUUCUGGUCGAGGUGGAAGCCAUCGUGAACUCUAGACCGCUAACGCACGUGCCACUUGAUUUGGAAGAUGACGAAGCGCUUACUCCCAAUCAUUUUUUGAUGUUGAGCUCCAGUGGUGUUGUGCAGCCAACCAAGUCGCCUGUUGAUACUGGCGCUGUUCUCAAAACCAACUGGGGCCACGCGCAAAGUCUUUUAGGCCUCUUCUGGGCCAGAUGGGUUAGGGAAUACCUCCCGACCAUCAGAACACGCACCAAGUGGUUCGACGACUCUAUACCAAUUCAACCAGGAGAUUUGGUGAUGUUGGCGGAUGGUGGAAUACGGAACAGCUGGAUUCGCGGAAAGGUCGUCAGAAGAUAUCUAGGAUUGCUACAGUUCAUCAUGAACCCGACGUAG